AUGGCUGCAGAACCCCCCAAACGCCAGAAGCGCGAAGAAUACAAGAGGUCCCUUGCAGCUGACGAUGGGGCUCUGCCAAAGAAGAAGUUCUUCAGGCAGCGCGCUCACGCCAAUCCAUUUUCAGACCAUGCGUUGACUUACCCAAAGAGCCCAGCUGAGAUGGAUUGGGCGAGCUUGUACCCUGCAUUUGCUGUCAAGAAGCCGGCGCAAGGCGAGGAUGGGAAAGAGAUCGAUGAGUCACGUGCAGACGGCCAGGCUGCGCACGAGGAAGAGCAGAGGGAAGCAAGAGCUAUCACGAAGGACGUCGAGAUCGCAGACAUAGGUUGUGGUUUUGGCGGACUCCUCUUCGCGCUCUCCACCACGUUCCCGGACACACUUUCUCUCGGCAUGGAGAUCCGCAUUUCAGUAACCGAGUACGUGCAAGAGAAAAUCCGUGCACUCCGAUCACAGAAUGCAGAGAACCAAGGCUACCAAAACAUCGGCUGCCUGCGCGCCAACACGAUGAAAUUUCUACCCAACUUCUUCCGCAAACACCAACUCCGCGCUAUCUUCCUGUGCUUCCCUGACCCGCAUUUCAAGCAGCGCAAGCACAAGGCGCGCAUUGUCUCUAGCACACUGUGCUCAGAGUAUGCCUACGUAGUGAGGCCUGGUGGGUACGUGUAUACGAUUACGGACGUCAGGGAUUUACAUGAGUGGAUGGUGGGGCACUUUGCGGGGCAUGCAAGCUGGGCGAGGGUGGAGGGGAGUGAGUUGGAGGAGGGAGUGGUUGGACAGUGUGUAGCGACCAUGUCCACGGAGACAGAAGAGAGCAAGAAGGUAACGAGAAACAACGGCGAGAAGUUUGUGGCUGUCUUCAGGCGGAUCGAGGAUCCGGCUUGGCCGGGAGAGCAUUGA